AUGGCAGCAACAGACCAAUCCCACAAAGCUUCUCCUACCUCCCUCUUCCAGGUUUACCUCCGCCUGCGUCCUCCGCCGUCCCCCCUCGUCCAAUUGACACAACAAUCCCUCUAUCCGCUCCUUGCGCCCUCAGAACGCUAUCUCACAGUCGAAGCCCCUGGUAAAGAAUCACAAGAUGGAAUGCCGACACACAUCACGAUUCAUCCGCCCAGCGACUCCCGGAAGCGAGCAGUGGAGAAGUUUGCGUUUACGAAGGUGUUUGAAGAGCAGGCGGAGCAGAUUGAUAUUUUCAGAGGGACGGGCGUGGUGCCGUUGAUCGAGGGUGUGCUGGGAGAAGGCAGAGACGGGUUGCUUGCUACAUUGGGGGUUACGGGGUCGGGGAAGAGUCAUACGAUACUAGGAUCGAAAUCGCAGAGAGGGCUGACCCAACUAUCUCUGGAUCUUUUAUACCGCUCCCUUGACACGCAGACGCUGCAUUCAGCAAACCAUCCAUCGUUGAUCGCUUCCCUGAAUGCCACCGACGCCUCAGAAGCCCAAAUCUUCUCUGCCUCAGGCUUCCUGGACAAUGUAUACGGAGACUGUCUGCAAGAGCCGUCCCGCUCGAGAGCCCCAACACCCAUGAUGGACCCAGCCUUUACCCCUAGCGUGCCUAAACGCAAGCUUCCUCAACGACCUUCUGCGCUCCCACAAUUCCCAAACAUCAGCGACCUCGCCUUUUCUGUCGAGCCGAAUGCGGAAUACGCGAUCCUAGUCUCGAUGUAUGAGGUAUACAACGACCGCAUCUUUGAUCUUCUGUCGGUGCCAAGCAAUCAGAAAGACCUUCGUCGAAGACACUUGCUCUUCAAAUCAACCGAAGCAUCACCAGAUCGGAAGGUGGUUGCUGGCCUGCGCAAGGUAGUGUGUGGAAGUUAUGAAGAGGCGUUGAUAGUGUUGGAGACGGGGCUGAUGGAGCGGAGGGUUGCUGGAACUGGAAGCAACAGCGUCAGCUCGAGGAGUCAUGGCUUCUUCUGCGUCGAAGUGAAAAGGCGGCCAAGAGGUGGCUUGUCAAACUCAUGGACCGGCUCUCAGCUGACUGUCGUUGACCUGGCUGGAUCCGAACGUGCUAGAAAUGCAAAAACCGCAGGAGCAACGCUGGCAGAAGCUGGGAAGAUCAAUGAAAGCUUGAUGUAUCUCGGCCAAUGUCUGCAGAUGCAGAGCGACAGUAACGAUGGUACAAAGCCGACCCUGGUUCCUUUCCGCCAAUGCAAGCUGACCGAGCUGCUCUUCUCCAAUUCCUUCCCAUCCUCUUCUCAUCACCACGCGACCCACACCACGCACCAUAGAAACGCCCAGAAGGCCAUCAUGAUCGUGACCGCUGAUCCGUUAAACGAGUUCAAUGCUACCUCCCAAAUCCUACGGUAUUCCGCUCUAGCCCGCGAAGUUACCGUUCCUCGCAUACCAUCGGUCUCGAGUACAAUCCUUUCCAAUACCACUGGCAGAACUCCUAGUGGUCAGACGUUGCCCCCCGCUGCGCACACAGACGAGGCAGUAGUGGAGAUGGCAUUCUCAGAGAUUGCUAGGCUGAAUGAGGAGGUCGAGAUACUGAAUGUGAAAUUGACGGAGCAAGAAGAGCGUAGGAGAGAAGCGGAAGAAAACUGGCAGAAGGCCGAAGAGAAGGCGGAACAGAUUGAGAUGGAGGUAAGGGAGGAAUGCUGGGGUGAGAUGGAGAGAAGAACCGCAGAGGAGAGGAGACGAUGGAUGGGGGCCUGGGGUGAAGAGGCAGAUCGAAAUUACGAGCACCUUGAUCGCAAAUUGGAGAUACUUACCCAGGGUAUCGAAAUCCAUGAAGAUGCCAUUGAUCAAGACACACGCACUACCGAGCUGGAAAACGAGAAUGAAGCUCUCCGUCGCAAGCUUGAAGCUCUUGAGCGUGAUUUACAAUGUCGAUCUCCAACCAAAGCACCGCGAAAGCCUCAACUAUCCAGUCCCAGCAAGGACUACGGACCCACUGCGCUGGGAACAGCACUCUCCAAGCUCAAUGGCAUGAGCUUGAUAGAUGCAGCUGCGUACAAGGCACAGUCCCCUGGUAAAACACCAGGGAAGAAGAUGAGGAAGUUGACAGCGAGGAAGUGGGACUUGAUGGACGAGAAUGAGAUGGAUGCUUUUGAAAACCACUACUGA